AUGGCAGUCAAUCACGAAAUCCCAGUCUCCCCUCCAGACUCAAUGGCAGGCAUCACCGAACCAGCCAUCAAGCCAGAAGCGACCUCAGAUACCACACAAGACACAAAUUUAGACCCUUCUAUCGCCUCCGAGAAAGAAAUCGCUCCCCACCUAGAGUCCAUAAGCCGCGGCAUCAUCAACGCAAUCAACACCCGAAACUUCGAUGCCACCUCAUCACCAUGGAUCCACGUCGCCAACUCAAUAGAAACAAACCGCGACUCUGGACCCAAAGGCUCACGAACCGUAACCAAAGCCGACUUGCUAGCGGUGUUCAGCUGGCUAGGCACGGAAUUCCCGGAUUAUCGGAUUGAGAUUGAUAGUGUGAGCGUCGUGGUGCAUAAGGCCUUUGUGUGGUCGAGGAAAGGCUGCACAGCGGAAGUGUUCAUCAAUGCGCAGGCAACAGGAGGGCCGGGGUUUCCGCUGGGUGUGCAGAGGAAGUAUGUGAAUGUUUUUGAGUUCAAGUUUGGUGAGGGGAGGUGGUUGGCGGUGAGGGAGACGUUGAUUGAUGGGAUGGGGGAUUUCAUGGUGCCGGCUUGA